AUAUCACAAACAUAAACUCAGACAUUUGCAUUUGACAUGGUGAAUAUCUUGAUCAAUGUCUCACCCACCGACCUGUUAAAUUGUAAUUUCCCCUUAUUGAUCUGAGAUUCAUUCAACAACCACCACAAUGUCCGGUUGGAUCUCCUCCAAGCUCAAAGUUGCCGAGACUCUUCUUCAGCAGAUAGACCAGCAAGCAGCCGAAUCGCUUCGCAAGAACGAGGCAUCACGAUCCGCUGAUGGUGAUGGUGAUUCCAGUCAUGCUGCUAUACCUAAGAACAUUCUGCCCCCAUUGAAAGACCAGCUCAACAAGAAGAAGAAGAAAUCACAGACUGAUUUUGUUGCCAAAUCCCAAUCACGCAAUGAUGUUAGUCUAAAAGUGGAUAGUGAGGUAAAUGUAAACCCUAAAUCUACUUUAACCGAUGGUGAUUGGACCCAACUGCUUAGCGCCCCUAGUAAUAAGGGCAAUGGAGGAUUGCCUAAGGUAUCAGGUUUGUUGAAAGAUGGGAAGAGACCGGUGCGGUCCGGUUCGAAUUUGUUAGCUUUGGACCGCAAACGGAGCCAGGCUGUUGUGAAUAAGAGUUCCAGGACGUUGGGGGAUAAAGGGAACGCUGAAAGAGUAGAUGGAGAUGGAGAUCACGGUGGUUUUAAUUCGAUGCAAGCGGGUGCUGGAGGGCAAGGUGUUGCUGAAAACUUGUCUAGUGAAACCGAAACCGUACGGAAGGAUGCAAUUGUUGUGACAGAUGAAAAUGAUGGGACAAACACGGGCUUGCCUGCUCCUCCGAUUAACGGUCAUGAAAUGCAAUCGGCUUCUGAUUCUGUUCCUGAUUUAAACCUACAAGUGAAGAAUGAAAAAAUCGUGUCCGAUAGCAGCAUGCUGCCUGGCAGUGGAGUUGCGAUAACUAGUUCAUCGAAGAAGACAGAAUCAGUGUCAGCAAGUGAUGGUGAGUUGGAUGUGGAGACAGAUUCAGAUUCAAGUUCAAGUUCAAGUUCAGAUUCUGAGAGCGAACGUGAAAGGGAGGAGAGGAGGAAGAGGAGGGAGCGCCUUCUUGCUGAGAAAGCUGCUGCUAAAGCCAUCGAAGCCAUUAAAGAUCGUGAAAAUCUCGUUGCUAGAUUGGAGGGGGAGAAACAAAGCUUGGAGAAAAUAAUUGAUGAAAGGGCUAAACAACAAGCACAUGAGGCUUCACAACUGCAAAUGACAUUGAUGGAGACUAUGGAUGCUGUUGAUUUAGAGAAGCAAAAACAUAAUAAUACAAGAAUGGAAGCGCUAAUGAAGCUGGCUAAACUUGAGACUACAAAUGCGGAGCUUGCAAAGUCACUUGCUGCUGCCCAAUGGAGUCUAGAAGUAGAGGUUAAAAGGGUAGCAGAACUUCAUAGACAGAUCGAGUUGAAGGAAGCUAGUCAUGAAGAGCUGACCUCAAAGAAAGAAACUGGACCGAGGGGAAGUAAACUGACGGCUUCAAGAGGAGUUGAAUUUGAGCACGAGAUACUGGAGGCUGAGCAUGCUUUUGUGGCAGAUAAAGUUGGACAACUACAAGAAAAGGUGAAGACACUUGAAAGGGACAUAGAAGAAACUCGGAAGGAGAUUGAAAAUCCAAGUGAAGUGGAGGUUGAACUGAAGCGCAGGCUUAACCAGCUGACGGAUCAUUUGAUUCAGAAACAAGCCCAGGUUGAGGCAUUAUCAUCAGAGAAGGCGAUGCUAACAUUCAGAAUCGAGGCGGUUUCAAGAUCAUUGGACGAGAGCUUGAAAACAUCAAAAAUGAAUGAUAUAGAAUCAGGGGUGCGGUUUCAAGAGAAGGGAGGGCAAAAACAUGUUAUUAUUAUAGGGUCAUUGGUGAGGCAGUUGGACUCUAUCUUCUGGACAUUCCUAAGAAGAAAUCGAAUGGGAAAAGUAUGGUGUAUAGUUUACCUUGUAUGCCUCCAUUUCUGGGUGUUGUAUAUUUUCCGAUCACAUACUGCAGUCUCCAAUGGAUCUGGUGCUGUUAUAUCUUUGGAAAACAUAAACAAUACUGGAGUUUGAUGGAUGAUUCAUAGGUAGGUUUGUCUUGGUCUUGAGUCAAAUAUGUAAUCACAGUUGUCUGUCUCAAUGUUGUCAAACUACUUUUAGCUAUAACAAAUAUUAUACGGUAGUGUUAGGGUUAGAGGUCAAAUAUUAAUUUUGCUCAUCAUUAUUUUAAUUAACUGAUGCUUUUGGAUCAGUUACGUUAUGUUGCCUGUUUAAAGACUUUACUAAGAAAAUCUAGUGGGGGUACACUUCUUAUUUUCAA